UACACUCGUGUCUUAUUUUUCAAUUGGCAAUCAAAAUUGAUAAAUUCAAUAUUUGAAUAUGAAUUACAUUUUCCACUAGUUCUAUGCUAGUUACAUUUUUAUUUUGCCAACUUGCGGAAUAAAAUUUAUUUAUAGUGUGAAUACUGUCGUAACUCUUAUUAUUGAUUGUUUUUAUUUUUCGUAUAAAAACUAUGGAAGAUUUGAAGGACGUUUACAUUUCGCCUUUGCCGGAUUCUCCAUACGUAAAGCCUUUUAGGUUUAAUUAUACUCAAAAUGGCAAAGAGAAGACGUGGGAUCUUCUAGAAGUACAUGAUAGCGUUGCUAUAGUUGUUUUCAAUGUCACCAGAAAGGUUAUGGUUUUCGUGAAACAAUUCCGUCCAGCCAUAUAUUACAAUUGCAUCCAUCCUGAUGACCGCAAAGAGGAAGUUAUAGACACUAAGAAGUACCCAGCAUCCCUGGGUAUUGCUUUAGAGAUGUGCGCUGGGAUCAUUGAUAAAAACAAACCAGUAGAGCAUAUUGCAAAGGAAGAAGUUCUUGAAGAGUGUGGAUAUGAUGUUCCUAUUGAGAGAUUGCAAAAAAUCACUUCCUAUAGGUCUGGUGUUGGUGUCCAAGGUGCUUUACAGACAUUUUUUUACUGUGAAGUAACAGAUGACAUGAAAACAGAACAAGGUGGCGGAGUAGAUGAUGAAAUAAUAGAAGUAAUUGAGAAAACUAUCCCUGAGAUAGAGGAAAUGGUAAAUUCUCCCGGACCGAUAGCAAGUCCUCCGAGUUGUUUGUUUGCUCUUAUGUGGUUCCUGCACUAUAAGGCAGACAAGUUCAAAAAGUGAGUAACAGGCAUUUGUCAAUUGUUAUAUAUGUGGGUGUUAGGGUUAUAUAUAUAUAUAUAUCAUGUGAUAAUUUUGUUGAGAAAUGAAAUAUGUACUGCUUACAGUUUCAACUAGUUCUGCUUGCAAAUUUAAAAUUAUAUGUUUAAUCAUGACUUUUUUUUUGUAAACUUGGACAUCAAGUAUAUCUGUUUAUUUAAUCUGUGUACAACACAUAUAAUGAACUUUUUUCUGUCGUUUGCACAGAUCUUUUGCACCAUAUUGUAAGGAAUGUAAGAUUAACAAUAAUUCUAACUUGAUUAUGUAAACAUGGACAUACAUUUUCCUGUUGCAUCCAUAUUUUAGUCAAUUUGUAUUUAGAGCAAUGCUUAUUUUGAAUGGUAAAAACAUUAGGUUUCAUUGACUUGUAAUUAAAACAAUAAUAGUUGAAGUAUUUAUUGUUUACUUUCAUUUAUUUUGUUUCAUCCGAAUAACUAACUAUGGCUACAAUUCCAAUGAUACAUUUAGAUAUAAUUCUGUACCGUAUACAUGUAGUACAUAACAUAACUACUUAAUUUCAAAACAUAACAAUAGUGAUUGGAUCUUGAAGACGAGUUUUGUAUAAGACAGUUGACAUUUAAAGUAAAAUAAUGAAUUUUGAACCUUAAUUAUGUUAGUGUAUUUCUAAACAUGUAAUUCCUUCCAUCUGAAUUUUAAGCACUCGCCAGAGAUUGCUUAAUGCUGCCAGAGUACAGACUUUCUUGUUAUUUGGUCUGUGAUUAUAAUCUUGUUUUAAUAAAAUUAUGGAAUUCUAAA